AUGGCCGAUCCGUUUGAGGUGCGCAUGCGCUUCAGCUCGCAGCUCCAGCACCUCAACGCCUCGGUGAACUCGGCGCAAAAAGCCGCCCAGUAUGCCCUCAAGUACAAGGACAUGGACGAGGACCUGCACUCGUGCAUCAUCGAGCAGGUGGAACGGAACAACAUGAACACGCGGGCAAACAUCAUGUAUUUCAUCGAGCACUUUCUCGACCUGGCCAAGGAUGGGCACGCCGACUACAUCCGCAUGAUGCAGCGCGACAUCAUUCGCGUAGUAGACGCUGUUGCUCCCGACGAUGGAUCUGGCGCGGCUAAUAUCAGAGUUGUUCGCAAGGUUCUGCAGGGCCUUCAAGGCAAGGGCCAUCUCGAAUCUCAAGCCGUCAUUCAAAUAGAGGACGUGCUGCGCGAGCGGGAAACUAAUGACGACGACCUGGGCCUCGUCUCUUCCCCUGCCGGCGAUGGGGAAACGGUUGAUGGAAUCGACAAGCGGCAGAUUGAGCAGCGCAUCGAGGAAGACCGGGAGCGGCACAAACGGGCGCGGGAAAGUAUCUGGGCGACCCCCAAGGGAGAAGACGCCGAAAUGAAUAAGCUUUGGGAGGAGACGAGCGACUUUGGAGAAGACGACGAUCGUCUGUUGACCGAAGAGGCCGAGGACUUUUCCAAGGAAAUGGCUCUGCAGCAAUGCCCCCACAAGCGGGCCACCAACGGAGAUCGUCAUUGA